AUGUCGGCGUCGCGCGCGGAAACAAGCACGUGGGAGGUUCUGGAUGUGAGCGGCGAUCAGCCGAAAGUGCAGCAGGUGCAGAUGCAGCGGCUGCUGCUGACGCAGGAACAGCACCAGCAGCAGCAGCAAUACCAGCAGCAACAGCAACAAUACCAGCAGCAGCAGCAGCAGCAGCAGCAGCAGCAGCAGCAGCAGUAUCAGCGGCAGGUAUCACUUCCGGUGAUGGAUUCAGCCAAUCAGCGGCGGCUUCAGAAGGCCACCACUUCGCCGGCGAUGCGCCCCGGGAUGGUCGACUCCGCGGCUGCCGCCGCUGGCGCUGGACGCGGGGGGGGAGGCGCAAGCCACGCGCAGCGAUUCGCGCCGCAGCUGCACCCGCCGCAGCAGCACGCCCCCUCGGCGCAGAUGUCCGCCGCGCACCAGCACCAGAUGCGCCAGCAGGCGUCUCCGCAACCCCCCGCUGGCCCCCCGGCGCUCCAACCGCGCGGGGCCCCUCCCCCAGUGCGCGGACACCGUCCGCGGAUGCGGUCCAUGGGCCAACUGGCGGAGCUGCUUCCCGCCGACAGAGGGGGAUUCGGAGGCGCAGGCGGCGGAGGGUCCGCGGGGGAUGGCGCAUCAGCUUGGGCGGAUGGAUUGGGGGUGGAUAGGCUUGAUCUGGAAGGGGAGCAAGGGGGAAGCGGCGGAGGUGGAGGAUGGGCAAGUGGCGCGGAGGCGGGUAACGGUCCAGUGUAUUUAAGAUCCAAUACUGGUUCCGGGCAGGGAUUCUUUAGGUCGAAUAGCGGCAGCGGUAACAGAAUGGAUGGCCUUCCCCCUGUUGCGACGGCAAAGCCGCCGCGCGCGCUUAGGCGGGUCAGCAGCGAGUGGGGCGAGCGGGGCGGAGAGGGGGAAGAGGGGAGGAGGCUCAGCGCUGGUGCAGCAGGGGGCACGGGCGCAGGAGGGGGGAUGGGCGGAGUGCUCAGAUCCGCCAGUGGGGGGAGUAUUGAGAGAAGGCCCGUUGGGGGAGUUGCGGGAGGAGCGGGGGGAGGAGUGGGGGGAGGAGGCAGCAUGGGGGGAGGAUUGGUGCGGGGAAAGGGGCAGUACGGGUCAGUGGUGGAGCGGGGGGCGCGGUACCAGCACCAGCGCACCAUGUCCCUCGAUAGCUCCGCGCUCAUGCAAGGCGGAAUGCCCUCCCGCGGAGGGGGCGCGGGGGCGGCGCUGGGAGCAGGGGGGGGCGCUGCAGGUGGAGCACCAGGGGGAGGGGUGGGCGGAGUGGGAGGAUUUGGGGCAGCAGCGGGGGCAGCAGCGGGGGCAGCAGGCGGAGUGGCAGGGGGGCCGUACAGCGACAUCGCGGAGCAGUUUGAGGUGCGGCGCCACGAGGUGGUGGCCAUGGGCGAGUUCAGUGUCGUGCGCGUGUGCCGCGAGGUGCAGACUGGGGUCAUGCUCGCAUGCAAGACGAUCGAGAAGGACUCCAUUCACUCAGCGGAGGAGGCGCGGGACCUGAGGAGGGAGGUGGAGAUGAUGGAGCGAGUGGCGGGGCACUGCAAUGUCGUGCGCCUUCACGCCGUCUUCGAGGACCACGAGAAUAUUCAUCUGGUAAUGGAGCUCUGCCGGGGAGGGGGUCUCUUUGAUUACAUGCGCACCAACGGCCCGCUCACUGAGCGGGCGGCAGCCUCCGUCUGUUUCCAGCUGCUUUCAGCAUUGGAUCACUGCCACGCGUGCGGUGUGCUGCACCGCGAUGCGAAGCCGGAGAAUGUGCUUCUAGCGAGGGCCGAGGGUGACUUUGGCAGCAUUAAGCUCAUCGAUUUUGGAAUUGCCGCUGAGCACCAACCAGGUGUGCGCAGCAGCACCCUGUGUGGCACGCCUCUCUAUCUCGCACCAGAAACCCUUGACGGAGUCUGGUCUCCACAGGCUGACGUGUGGGCGGCUGGCGUCGUCUCAUAUGCAGCGCUCUGUGGUGUGCCGCCCUUUUGGGCAGAAACCAAUGAGGGGAUUUUCCGAGCCAUCCGCUCGGAACCACUGCGCUUUGCCUCGGCAGCUUGGGUCGGCGUGUCCGAAGCUGCCAAGGACCUUGUUCGGGCAAUGCUGGACAAGAACCCGCACCGGCGAAUCACAGCACAUCAAGCUCUUGGUAAGGAAAUCACAGGGAAUGCUGUGUGUGAGUGA